AUGUCAACUCCACUUUACACAGGUGGAUGUGGCAUAUAGGACAAGUGAUGACAUUCGACAAAGUUAUCGGAGCUCAACUACCGACAAGAACUAAAAGCAGGAUAUUUCUUAAACACGACAAUGAAUGAGAGAUAUUUCUUAUGUCGGUUAGGGACUAAAUUAAAACCUAUAAUAUUUUAGUGGAACCAAAAACAUAGUUAAUACAAAUAUUUUUUCUCAAUUCAAGUACCAGUGGUAGUGAAGGAGAAGCUUGUCUGACACUAAUCAUUGAUUAAUUAGCUAUAGAUUAUUCUUCUUUGUCUGCUAAUCCGUAAUUAUUCGUCAACUUUAGGAAGCACAAACGUAAAACACACUUCUAAUCUCUUCGUCUUAUUCUUCCUUCCUUUCUCUUUUUCCACAAUUGAACUUGAAUUGAAGAAAGCGAAGAAAAUUUCGUCAACAGAGAAGAACAGAAAAAGCAAAACGCGAUGACAGAAGAGGGAUUCACACUCCGCCGUUGAAACCACCGUCGCCGCCUUCCCCUUCGCCUCUCUGUUCCUGAUUUCCAUGGACGCUCCUCGUAAACACCAGGUGUCACUGAGAGGAGCGAGUGCGAAGGAGAUAACGAGGGAUGAUCUUCUCCAGAAAGUCUCCCGCGAAAGAGAGCUUCGCAAUUAUGCAAAACGCGCUGCUGCUGCUGCUCUCUUCAUUCAGAGGGUAUGGAGGCGCUUCAAGGUUAUGAAGAUGGUUUCCUUGCAGCUUCAGCAGGAGUGGGAGACAAUGGUGAAUAAUUAUAGUGGGGUGAAGACAGCCGUUUGGAUUUCAGACAAUUUGUUGAGACCAUUUUUGUUCUUUAUGAUAAGCUCCUCAACUAAGCAUCAGAAGAUCCAUAGGAAGAAGAUAGACUCUGUGAAGAUUUGCUUUACAAUCCUUUUGGAAAGCCUGAAAUCUUCUGAUUCAAAGCAGAACUAUUGCUUUCUGGCAAUUGGUACAACUGAAGAGAGAAGAAUAUGGAGUUACCAGGUGCAGCAGCUGACUUCUCUUGGUUUUCUGAUUCUUUCGGAGUUUAGUGAAUGCAACUCAGGGGCUGAAGAUAUUACUAUUGUUACAUCCCUGGCAAUGCGUGUCCUUGUUAUGUUAACUGAUUUGAAAGGAUGGAAAGGCAUUACAGAUGACAAUCGCUUAGAUGCAGAUUUAGCAGUGAAAGAUUUAAUUCAGUUCUUGGGGAGUAGUAAAAGUGGUAGUUAUGUUUCUAUUGCCAGAUAUAUUAGUGCAUUGGAUAAUUAUUCUUCUAAGUCUAGAAUUAUCACCCAGGCAGACGAAAACUUUUUCAUUACAACAAGUGCAAUAACUUUAGCUGUGCGGCCAUUUCAUCUGACAAACUUCAAUGUCGAAGGGCCUGGAAUGCUGGAUGUCAACCAUGCUGUUAAGCAGUAUAUUGUAUAUCUACUGACUAUUCCUUGGCUUGUGCAACAUCUUCCACCUGUUCUCCUCCCUGCUUUGAAGCACAAAUCUAUUUUGUUCCCAUGCUUCCAGAAUUUAUUGAUUUUGAAAGAGAAUGUUUUAAUGGAGAUGUCAGAGUUGGACAAGUCAGAGAAUGUUGUCUCUUUCAAGGCAAUUCCACCAGUUGGUUGGGCUCUUGCUAACAUCAUAUGCCUUUCAAGGGGGAAUGAGAAUGAUUCUAUUGACUCUGGAUCCUUCAAUCAAGGUUUAAACUAUGCAUUAUAUGUCCAUGUUGUUAUCAUUCUAGCAGAAAGCUUACUGGCUUGUCUUGAUAAUAUUGGAUGGGUUAGGAAGAGGAAGGCCCUUCAAACUGAUGUUGAAAGCUCAAGGCAGCCAGUUGAUUUGGUUCGACAUGAGGGUGAGGCAACAAAUGAGUCAUUAAUAAUGUCAUUCAUGGAUCAGUUUAGGCCUGUUUGUCAGCAGUGGCAUCUCACAAAUCUUUUGGCAUCAAUAAAUAGAGAUGCCUCCAACAAGGCUGAGACUUUGCUCUCAAAUAGUGUGGAAUCUUUGGGGAAGCUAGAUUUGUGUGAUAUUGCACUUUUUUACUCCAACUUAAUUAGAAUUUUUUCGGUCUUGAGUCCAAUUCGUGGCUCAUUACCAGUCCUCAAUAUGCUAUCGUUCACUCCUGGAUUUCUUGUGAAAUUGUGGGGUGUACUGGAGGUUUCCUUUAUCUCUGGAGACAAACAUAUUUCUGAUAAUCACAAAAGUGGAAAUGUAAAACAAAAAGCUUUAGAGAAGAUGCAAAAACAGGUAAGUAAAGAUGGGACUAAUAAGUGGGUCAGCGUACUUCAUAAGUUUACGGGCAAGUCACAAACUGCAACAGGUGAUACAGAUCCCACUGGGAAUCACUCUGAGCCCAGCAGAGUGAAUGAGGAUUCAUCAGAUAUAUGGGACGUAGAACCUAUGAGGCAUGGCCCACAGGGCAUUCCAAAGGAUAUGUUUUCUUUGCUUCAUCUUUUCUGCGCGACCUAUUCUCAUCUGCUUUUAGUUCUUGAUGACAUAGAAUUCUAUGAGAAACAGGUUCCAUUCAAAUUAGAGCAGCAACGAAGAAUUGCAUCAAUGCUGAAUACCCUAGUGUAUAAUGGCCUGUCCCAUGUUAGUAGUCAUCAUAAUGGGUUCCUCAUGGAUUGUGCUGUCAGAUGCUUACAUUUAAUGUAUGAAAGGGAUUGCAGACACCCUUUUUGUCCUCCUGAUUUGUGGCUUUCUCCUGCUAGAAAAAGCCGGCCUCCAAUUGCUGUUGCUGCCAGAACUCAUGAAAUAUUAUCAGCCAACCUGAGAUUUGAUGAUUCAUCAGCCUCCCUGAGUGUAGGUUCCGUUAUCACCAUGACUCCUCAUGUGUUCCCUUUUGAAGAGAGAGUUGAGAUGUUCCGUGAAUUCAUCAAGAUGGAUAAAGCCUCCCGAAAAAUGGCUGGUGAAAUUUCUGAACCUGGUUCACGAGCCGUUGAGAUAGUAGUACGUCGAGGUCAUAUUGUUGAAGAUGGAUUUCGGCAAUUAAAUUCCCUUGGACCAAGGUUGAAGUCAUCCAUCCAUGUAUCAUUUGUCAGUGAAUCUGGCCUUCUGGAAGCUGGUCUAGACUAUGGAGGAUUAUCUAAAGAGUUUUUAACUGACAUAUCAAAAGCUGCAUUUUCCCCUGAAUAUGGACUUUUUACACAAACCUCAACUUCAGACAGGCUGCUAAUUCCAACUGCAUCUGCAAGAUAUUUGGACAAUGGUUUUCAGAUGAUUGAGUUCCUUGGAAGAGUAGUCGGUAAAGCUCUUUAUGAAGGAAUAUUGCUUGAUUACUCCUUCUCGCAUGUUUUUGUAGAAAAGUUAUUAGGACGAUAUAGCUUUCUGGAUGAAUUGUCAACACUUGAUCCAGAGCUAUACAGGAAUCUUAUGUAUGUCAAGAAUUAUGAUGGUGAUGUCAAGGACCUCUGUCUUGAUUUCACAGUUACUGAAGAAUCAUUUGGAAAAAGGCAUGUGGUUGAGCUCAAGUCUGGCGGCAAAGAUAUUUCUGUGACAAAUGAGAACAAGAUGCAGUACAUCCAUGCAAUGGCAGACUACAAACUUAAUCAACAGAUACUGCCCUUUUCAAAUGCAUUUUAUAGAGGAUUAACUGAUCUUGUAUCUCCAUCCUGGUUGAAGUUAUUCAAUGCGAAUGAAUUUAAUCAGUUGCUUUCAGGUGGCAAUUACGAUAUUGAUGUUGAUGAUUUGAAAAAUAACACGCGAUACACUGGCGGUUACAAUGAGGGAAGUCGGACAAUCAAGAUCUUUUGGGAGGUAUUGUUACCACAUGUGAUUAAAGGUUUUGAACCCGAAGAGCGUUGUAUGCUUCUUAAAUUUGUCACCAGCUGUUCUCGUGCUCCAUUACUUGGAUUCAAAUAUUUGCAGCCACCUUUUACCAUCCAUAAGGUUGCAUGUGAUGUCCCACUUUGGGCAACGAUUGGCGGACAAGAUGUAGAGAGGCUUCCAUCAGCUUCAACUUGCUACAAUACUCUUAAGCUUCCAACAUACAAACGUUCAGGCACUUUGAGAACAAAGCUUCUAUAUGCUAUCAGUUCAAAUGCAGGGUUUGAACUUUCUUGAUUUGCUACAGGUGUUUAGUUCUUAUUCAAGGAGUUCGAGAAUAGUCUAUUUGUCUGUGCGACUUUUAUAUGCCAACUUUCAGUCAAGUAAAUUGUUAUUGAGCCUGGUGAUCAUGUUCCAAAGAGGCAGUAUAGAUCAAGCACCACAAGUUAGACCAAGGAAUCUUUCAGACGUGCUGUUUUUGAAAAAGAAAAUAGCAUUCUGGUCUAGUCUGAAUAUUUAUCGUUGCUUCCAGACUCCAGAGCCAAAUAGAGUAGUGACUGCAGGCAAACAACUAGUAUGUGCCAUGGCUGCUACUUCAAUCUUCCAUUAUCCCAGUUAUGGAGAUUCUGUUGCGUUCUCAUAUUGGAAGCGAUAUUAUAGUAAUUGUUUAAGCGGGUGUGUAAAUGCAAACGGCGUUGAGAAUAACAUUUUAGUGUCUUACAACAGGUUAUAAUUGUACAAUCAAAAGUGACGGGGUUAUGAGAAAUUUUCCUUCGCAUUGUGCUGUGAAAUUUUCACAAACAUUCAUCCUUUCAUGUAGAGAUUAAUUCUGUUACAUCUUUCUCCACCCCUUCCCACCAAUAAAAUGCAUAUAUACAAAUGUUGAUAUAUCUUAUUAGAAUAUGAA